AUGCUUACCCCUGGAAAGCACCACUGGCUAAGGCCAGGCUACUACAAUACCCCUUCGUUCCGCCAAAUCUGCCGUGACAGCUGGCUCAAUGUACUCACAGAAACUCUUUGCGUCAUCAUAUCAAUUAUUCUCUGGAGAUUUUGUCCACCGCUAAUCCCUUAUAACUUCCCUUACUUCGAGGGCGUAGAGACCCAUCCCAUUGGCCUGAAAUACUCACAGCCACUGCGAGAAGAGUAUAUCGACACGAUCAUGAUGGCAGCCAUCUCGUUUCUCGUUCCUAGCAGCAUAAUGCUCGUCAUGAAUCUGUGGGUGCUCAGAGACUACUAUAAUUGGGACGCAUCGUUCACAGGCCUCAGCUACGCCCUCUCAACUUCGACCUUAUUCUCGUGCAUUAUCAAAGUCCUCAUCGGCGGCCUCCGACCCAAUUUCUACGCGAUAUGCAGACCAACAACCUACCUUCCUGAGCCUACUACUACUGCGUCAGUUCCCCCCAUGCCGUCUUACAUACAAUACAGCACAGUCGACCAGCUUUGCACCAACACCGACAAAUUAUCCCUUAAUGAAGCGCAAAAAAGCUUUCCAGCCAGCCACGCCUCCUCCGCAUUCGCUGGCUUCGUGUUUCUCACGCUUUGGCUCAGCGCACACUACAAGACACUUGGGCAAUCUCACCACGACACCAAACGCCACAACGUAGCUGCAGAGACUGCCCUUCACAACCCCAAAGGCAGUUUUAAGACUCUCUCAGAUCAAUACUUUACUGCCGUUUCGCAUUGGAAGCUCAUAGUUUUUUCCACUCCGCUGUGGGUUGCUGUUGUGCUCUCGUUGUCCAAACUGAGAGACGGAUGGCAGCAUCCUGUUGAUGUGGCGUGCGGUGCGUGUAUUGGGGGGUUCUUUGCGGUGGUGGCGUAUAAGAUGGUUUUUUGGAGCGUGUGGGAUGCGAGGGAUAAUCAUGUGCCGAGGAGACAUGUGGAUAGUGCUGGUGUGGGUAGGGAGUAA